AGAGCCCGGGCCGAGGCCGGCGCAACAGGCGGCCGAGGAGGGGCAGGAGCUGGUGGACAGGCCCCGGGAUGGACAAGCUGAAGAAGGUGCUGAGUGGGCAGGACACCGAGGACCGGGGCGGCCUGGCCGAGGUUGUAGAGGCAUCUUCAUUAAGCUGGGGAACCAGAAUAAAAGGUUUCGCUGCUUGUUUUGUUGCAGGAAUUGUCUGCUCACUGCUGGGUACUUUUCUGCUCUGGGUGCCCAAGAAGGGACUCUACCUCUUCGCAGUGUUUUAUACCUUUGGUAACAUCGCAUCAAUUGGGAGUACUGUCUUUCUCAUGGGACCAAUGAAACAGCUGAAGCGAAUGUUUGAGCCGACACGUUUGAUCGCAACCAUCCUGGUGCUGUUGUGCUUUGCACUUACCCUGUGUGCAGCCUUUUGGUGGCAUAACAAGGGACUUGCUCUGAUCUUCUGCAUUUUGCAGUCUUUGGCCCUGACGUGGUACAGCCUUUCCUAUAUACCAUAUGCAAGGGAUGCCGUGAAGAAGUGUUUUGCUACGUGUCUUGCAUAACACAAAGCCAGCUUGGCAAAGCUUUGGAAGGCACAACAGGCGGAAGCCGGUGGGCACUUUUGUAAAUAUCUCCCAAACCUGUUUUGCAAACACGUGCCUUUUAUCUUGCAGCAAUGUGUUGCUUGCCAUCUGAACAUCUGAGGGUUGCUUUUGGAGGCAACCUUUUGCCCCUAAACCCGAAUGUCUGUCGCACAGUAAGAGAGGUGGGUUUUGUAUCUCACGGAGUGGAAUCUUCCUCUCUCAUCUGUUUCCUCUUUGGAUGGUGUUCCACUGCAAUCUCAUAAAUAAAAACCUUAUUAAGCAGCAGCCGAUAAGCCUUGGGAGCCAGUGAUUGCCUGGUGACCUCAGGCAGCCUCACUGGAGAUGGCAGGAAUUCAACAGUAAAGGACAGUGUUUUGGGGUCCACAGGGACACGCAGAUGUGUCCUUCAGCUUGGAGACCCUUGUCCCUGCCCCACAUAGCAGGGACUUGCUUCUGCUCUGCUAUCUGGAACAAGCCACGUGCCCUUCUGCCAGCUGCCCACAGGCCCGUGAAGUGAAGGGAGAAAGGAGCACCUUUUGGUAACAAGUGUCGUUUGUAAAUCUGAACCCCUGCACUCUUGCUGUUGACUCCAUGCCUGACUGGAAUGUGUUCCCAGCAUUCAGUGCACACUCUUUUCUUGAGUCUUUCUCACCAUAUAGCUUUAUGCCUGAUUUCCUGGAACUAGAUUAGAGAGAACAUAGCAGCAGCACAAAACACUAUUUCUUCUUGGACCAGAGCCCACAGUAGGUGAAAACUUUUGCUGCUCUCGGCUCUCUCUGUGUGUGUAUGUGUGUGUAUCUCUGUCUAUGCGUUUUCCUUAUUUAUAAAUGUUUGCUUUUAAGCCAGUUUAUUUUCCGUUUUCCCCUGGAGCAGAGCCAUAGGAGAGUGGGUGGGAAGACAGAGCCCUACUGUAGUGCCAGCGGGAAGUGGUCACGCCUGCCAGUGACCUUUAGACAGUCUGUCCGGUGCACUUGAGCCUGUGCUGCAGACGCUGGGUGGGCACCAUGGACCUGCAGGGCAAGCACAUCUCAGCCAACUGCCUGGGCGCAUACAAAGUGCUGUUUGUGCUCAUGAUCUUGGCUGAUCCUCACAAGAGCCUCAUGAAGAAGUAGGGAUUGUUAUCCCACUAUGUGAGCAAGGAAGUCAAGGCUGAGAGAGGUUUCCAGACCCAUCUGAAGCCACAUAUUGACAGAACUGAGCCCCGAGUCUGGGUGCCCCAGCUUUAGUCUCCUUCACAACCCCAUGUUCCGGGUGUGGCUCUGGGGGGGGGUUACCUCUGGUAACUGGCUCCCCUGUUUUCAUCCCCGAGCUUAUGUCUUUUCUGUUCCCAGUCUCUUUAUGCCACUGCAUUGUCUCCUCCCCAUUCUCCCUCGGGAAGCUUCCGCUUGAAUCCGGAGGAUGUUCAUCAUUCCUUUGUGUUCCUAUUUAGCUUCGCCUUGCUGCCUGACCUUUGUAAGUGUCCUGUACUGAUUACCAGAGUUCUCAGCAUUCCAGGACCCCAGUGUCAUCCUACAAAUGAAGUCCUUGUGGGUUUGCCUUUUUACUCUUUACCAGGUCUAGCUGGUCUCUGUGGCUACUUGCUGAACUUGCCUUUCUCCUGCUCUGAUUGGCUGGGCUUUUAAUUUCACCAGGAGAGGUAGGAAUAGGCCCAGUGGGGCCUGAAUGGGGCCCAGUGGGGCCUCACCAGGCCAUUUCUAGGCUGCUGAGGCAUCCUGUCUUAGACUGAGUUUCCUAACUCAUGUUUAACCAUGAAGGGAAAUUCUGUGUGCUACCCUCUGGUUUUUUUUUUUUUUUUUUUUUUUUUUUUUGUCCUUUUCACACCCCAGGUACCUCUGGGAAAUAGGUUAGAGCUCAGAAGACCUCUGGUGGAAGAGGGGCACGCAUAGUGUAGUGGCAGUGAAUGUGAGUUAUGGCUCCAUCACACAGUGGUGUCAGGGUGAACAAGUUCCUUAACUGCUGGUUCCUCAUUUUGCUCAUCUGCUUAAGAGUAACGGGGAUCGCAUUUUCUGCUGGAUACAUACAUGGUGUCAAUGAGAUGGUAUCAAGUGCUGUGUACGGGGCUCAGCUAAGGUGAAUGAUAGUGAAAGGUAGAUGUUAUUUAAUCCCAGAAAUAACCAGUGACCUUUGGGGGUGACUGAAUGAAUGUCUCUGACCAUUAAUAUAUCUAGUGCUGUGUUUUUAGCACUUGCCAUGAAUGAUUUCAUUUAACGUUCUUAAUAAUUUUGCCAGUCAGCGGGUCUUCCCUUCAUUAUGGAGAGUCAGGGGUCUGUGCCAGAUCUCACCAGUAGAGGGCAGUGCUUCUUGCAUAAAAACUCCUGCUUUGUCCUAAUUCUUGGGACUGUGGCCACUUUGCUUAGACUUCAGUCAGGACACUACUGGCAAUUUUUGGAUAAUCCUGCCUUCUAGAAUUUUCCAGAUCCCUAGAGGUUUAAUUCUGCCUUCUUAUCCUAUAGUUGUUUCCCUACUUGUUUUUGUUGGCCGAACUAUGGGAGGAAGAAAUCCUUUUCACAUUUGCUGAAAGCUGUUACCAAGCAACAGUGCUGAUUCAGUGCUACCUAGAGAAAGGAGGAGCACAGCAUUCUGGUUUUAGACCCUGUGACUAGUCAGGAUCCCUGUUUUCCUGCUCCCUGCCUUCAUCCCAUCCUAUUUAUUGCCAGGUGGACAGAACAUUGCCUUUUGGGGAGUGAAGGGAAGCAUAGUGUCAACUCUUGCAGAUAUGAAGUGUGCUCACCCAGGCUUGUGCUUUGGUCUGGAAGCCCCUGCUAGGAUGGUCUGGCCUGUGCCUGUUGGUGCUGUGGUCGCUGUACUGGGGGCACAGCCCUUGGUCUCACUGCUUGCCUCAUUUCCCAGCCUCUCAGACAUGCUGAUUUAAUGCUGAUGGGCCUGUUCACUAACCACUGCCUCCCACCUCUUGAUCAAAUGUGCUUGAGGAGCCUCUGCUUGUCCAACUCCUCCAUGUGGCUGUGUCCCAGACUCCCUGUGCUGAGACCUGGCUGGAGCCUUCUUUCAAGAUCACAGACAGACCGUCUCGUCCCUGGGUAGGCGAAUCACUCUCGAGGGGAGCAUUUUUGUAACGAGCCCCAACCUGAAAGAGUAGGUCCUUUUCUCUCCAGGGAGAGUGUUCACCAGAGAGCACUAGGUGUAAUUAAACCAGCCAGGCUUUAUUAGAGACGCAUGCAGGAGGGAGUCAAAGCAGAAAAGGAGAAUUUAGCCUGGAAGGGAGUGAGGGAGUUGAUAUUUAAUGGGUAGGUCCAUGAGGUGGGGCAGAGGAGAGCAGCAUCAUGGCUUGCUCAGGGUUGGGCUACACCCAUGUGGUCUACAUGUGGGUUCUUGGCCUUCUCCCUCCAGAGAAUUGUGAGAUAAUCACUAGUCAUCUCUAACGCUGGCUAUCUGCCAUGGCCCCUCAUAGUGUGGGCCUUCUCAGCCAAACUGAGCAGGGCUCGGCAGCCUCUGAUUUACUCUAUCUGUUCAAAUAGGAUUCAGGAACUCACCCUACUGACUCGAAAUUUCUUUUACCUAAGUGGUCUCAUUUUCACUGGGUCUGUUAGCUCAGUUCUUGGCACUUCUGUCCGUCACUCUUGUAUCUGACUUGCGGGAUUAUGUGUCUGAGAGCAACCUCCCUUUCACUCCAGUGAGGUGCAAGAAGUAAAAUCAUGAAUGUAUCUAAAUAAAAUGACUUUUGGCUGCUUCCAUUGGAAAAGAUAAUUAAGAAGUGGGCGAUACCCUUAAAAAAAGAUUUGGGGGGCACUUCUUUGGAUGCUUAAGUUCUCGCUAGCUCACCGGCCAUGAAAUGAGGAUGAGACCUCAUGGGAUGAAUUAGGAAAUUGAAAUACAGCCCAGUGGCUGUGCAGUCCCUUUUCUUCUUGUUCUUCAAAGAACUUGUACCUCAACUCAGCUACAGGAUUACAAAUACUUCAACAUUCACAACUUGCCCUUAAACCACAUUUUCAGCAAAUGAAUUUUAAAAAAUCAGUGUUUAAAUUUUUAAAGCCAUUUUGCUAAUCUUUGGCAUAGUUUUUUUUUUUUUAUUUUAAAUUUCAGCGUUUUUUGGAUAAUUUUUUAAGACUUAUGAUAGUUUCUUUGCAGGUAGUGUUUUUACAAUAGCAAAUAGAUCUUCAGCUGACCUUGACACUUGAUCUUAGCCAAAAGGCCGAGAAGCGAUUUUUCAACUGACCUUGAAUAUGGAUUUGCAUCUAUAUAACUCUUGAUCAGAUGUUAGCAAAGGAAUUUUGAAAAUUUUUAUGAUUUCUUGUUUAAAAAGUUGGUGGGGAGGUUAAAUUAUGUGACUUUAAAGUAUCUUCUAAUUCAUAAUUUCAUCAAAUUCUGAGAUCUUGGGGCGUUUUUAGUUGAGCGAAGAGGAAAGUGCUGUGUUGUAUGUCAACUUCCUCAUGGUUGGUUGUUCAGUGCCACAUUCUGGUUAUUUCUGGUUCUGCCCUAAAUGCAGAGGUGACACUCCCAUGUCCCUGAUGUCCUUCAGCUUCGCUCUUGGUGCUCAGGUGCCUAUGACAUGGUCCCCCAAAGCCUUGCAGAUAUCUUCCUCCCUGGCUUUUGAUGAAACCCAGGGAAGUGACCUGGAGCAGCAGGGCCUAUGCUAAUGCAAAUUGACAAAAUAAAAUCACACCCUUUCUAUCAGGAGUUGAUACACUGCUAAUGGGCUUAGACAUGUACAAAACAUUUCCUCUAGACUGGCUGAACUGAAACCAGGGCCGAGAGUUGACAAGACAGGAGAAACUUGACUAUUUGAAAUGAAAGGUCCAUCUACAGUAUUAUAAUGGUGGAGAUAUAACUGGUGGAGAUAUAACAAAAUACUGGUGGAGAUAUCACAAAAAAGUAAUGUCACUACAUUUAAUAAGUAGUGUUCCCCCAAAAAAUGUAUGAUCACAGACAAAUGUUCUCCAAUAUAAUGGCUGCCUACACUAAACAUCCUUGUGAGACGUCUUUUAGGGCCUGAUUGAAACUAGUGUCUGGGCACAGGUUGCUCUUUGCCUAAUGACCUUCUCUCCUGCACAGGGAGAUAUUUAUUGGAUCUUGUUCUGGGUAAGGAACCUUGCAUUUGUAUAAUAAUCCUAAAGGCGAACCAUUGUUUAUAUUCAAUCGUGCUUUUUCUGAACAGUUUAUUUUGCCUUUUCAACUUGUUUGCUUGAUUUGCCACUUUGAACAAGAAAAGAAAAAAUAAAAGACUGUACACUCACCUCUUGUUGUUUCUGUAAAUUCUGAUUGUGAAAGUGGGGGUGAGAAUGCUCAAAAGCCUGUGGGGAAUUCAUCUGCCUUCAGAACAUUAUGCUUGUUCUAAGAUGAAGAGCUUUUAAGACUCUUUGUUAAAUCAUAGAUCAGUUUUUGUAACUGUAUAGAUACUCGGCUGGUUUUGAAUGCUGCUGAUUGCAUAACUGAAUUUUUUAUAUCCAAAAAUAUAUUCUUGUGUGCUGCUUUUCCUAUCUUGAGAUACUAUUUCAUACAAUAAAUAUUGUAUGCUUUUUACUAAUUCAUUUCCAAGGGAAAGGAUUUUGCUGUUGUUUUUUUCCCCGAUAUAUCAUGCAAUAAAUCUCAUUUUUUCUUCUCCAAUAAAUAAUAACAUUAUGAUCUUUAAUAAGUCUAAUAUUGUCUCUUCAUGUUUAUUUUUCGGGAGUCCCUCAGCCAAUGAAGAUAGUGUGGCAAUAAGAAAAGACCAUGUUUUCAACAUGAAUUUUUAAUAUAUAGGCAUAUUUUCAACACAUAAGAUGGUUUUUGAGCUAGUUGCAUAUGUAGUUCUCUCUUUUUGAAUGGCCUAGAGCUUAACAUGGGUCUAAGGAGAGUUCUGAAGGUUUUUGAAAGAUAUGUUUUAAGUGUUUAUUUUAUAUUGUUGCAUACCUAACUGGUUUAAUUACUUAGCAUAAACUCGUCAUCUAAUUAGUACAAUGUUUUUCAUAACAUGUCCUUACUCUUUUAAUGUGUGUAGGAUUUGUGGCUAUGUCCCUUCUCUCAGAUUCUGGUAAUUUCUAUCUUCGCUAACUUGAUCAGUCCAGCUUGAGGCUUAUCAGUUUUAUUGUUUCAAAGGCAACCCAAUUUAAAAAUUGAGAUGGAUAUUUAACAAAAGAAAAAACAUGAAUAGCCAACAAACAUAUCUGAUAAACACUAUAUUAUAAGAAGUUGAAAAAAAGGAAUUCAAUUUUUGACUCAACAGAUGUGUUCUUUAGGUGGUAAAAUAAUAAAAAGCAAGGAAGCUAUUUGCAUAAAAGUUAAGAUAGUGAUUAAUUUGGGACACAUGGAGAGAUUAGUGAUUGGAAAGGGGACUCUGAGUGCUAUAUGGUAUUUACACCUGCUAUGUCAUUGCACUAUAUGUGUGUAUAUGCACUUUUGUGAUGUGCUUGAUUUUAUAAUAAAAGAAUA